AUUGCGAUACAUAUGUUACUUAAUGUACAUCAAUAUUUUCACAACUUCCCGUCUAUAUAAGAAUGACAAACUUUGCUCAGUUGGAACAUCAUCUCCUAUCCGGCAAGAUGCGUUUUCUGCUACUGGUUGUUAUUGUGGCGCUUACUGUGACGGACGUGUCAGGCGGGUGGUGGAGACGGCUAAAGAGAUGGGCAGGCAACCAAUGGAGAAAACACAAGGGACAAAUAAUAGGAGCUGCAGUGGCAGGGCUGGUUGCUGGCCGUAGUAUAGAUGACGUUGAUCAGAACGGCGAUGGCGUCCUGACUAGAUCCGAACUACAGCAGCAUAUGGAUGAACGUGAUGUUGAUGAAUUGCUGGACAUGCUAGAUGAAAACGGUGACGGUCACGUCAGACGGGACGUCCUGGAAAGUUACGCAGAGGAAGCGCUCGCAGACAGCGAGUAAUACUGUUGAGGGUACCAAAGCAGCUGGACAUCAAUAAAAUGUAAUCAGCACUACGAUUCUGAAUAAAGUGACGUCACUUGCAUUGA